AGCAAGCAGAAGUUGGAAUCUGCCAUCCGCAUCUUUUUUUUCCAGACCAGACCUAACUGGUGCUGUUACUUUCUGGGAUUGAAGUCUCCAGUGACAGCUCGAAUUCAUCAUGGCCGAUGAUGCAGAUAUGCGCAAUGAGUUGGAGAAUAUGCAACAGCGUGCUGACCAGGUGGCUGAUGAGUCAUUGGAAAGCACUCGCCGCAUGCUUCAACUGGUUGAAGAGAGCAAGGAUGCUGGCAUCAGAACUUUGGUCAUGCUGGAUGAACAAGGAGAACAACUGGAACGCAUCGAGGAAGGAAUGGACCAAAUCAAUAAGGACAUGAAAGAAGCAGAAAAGAAUUUGACAGAUCUAGGAAAAUUCUGUGGUCUUUGUGCCUGUCCAUGUAACAAACUGAAGUCAAGUGAUGCUUAUAAAAAGGCCUGGGGGAAUAACCAGGAUGGGGUCGUGGCCAGCCAACCGGCCCGGGUGAUGGAUGAGCGUGAGCAGAUGGCUAUCAGUGGAGGAUUUAUUCGCAGAGUAACCAAUGAUGCCCGGGAAAAUGAGAUGGAUGACAAUUUAGAGCAAGUUGGUGGUAUCAUUGGUAAUCUUCGCCACAUGGCUCUUGACAUGGGUAAUGAGAUUGAUACACAGAACCGCCAGAUUGACAGGAUUAUGGAGAAGGCUGAAUCCAAUAAAACCAGGAUUGACGAAGCUAACCAACGUGCAACAAAGAUGCUGGGAAGUGGCUAAGCCUGCAGGAAAGUG